AUGCCGACCACUUCAACGCUCCUAAGUGCUGGGGCCUUCGGCAUUGCAACUCAUGUCUUCUAUUUUCAUGGCCGUGAACGCCAUCUUCAUCCCCAGCGAUACCUACAAGUCUGUUUCAUCCUCUUCUUUGUGAGCACAACUGUCAUUAAGUAUGCCAGAUAUACCGCUACCAUGGCAUUUGCCAUGCAAGAGAUGGGAAAGCUUCUGGGCUCGUACAUUGCUGGGAUCUAUCUCAGCUUAGUCAUAUUCAGACUGUUUCUAAACCCUUUAAACAAAUUUCCAGGUCGUCCUCUCUCGAGGCUCAGUGCUCUUGACCACAGCUUCCACAUCGGCAAAAAGAGAGACAUGUUCCUAAAACUCUACCAAUCUCACAAAGAAUUGGGCAAGUUUGUGCGGACAGGUCCACACGAUCUAUCUGUCACGCAUCCAGACGUCGUUCGUGUGGCAUUAUCGGCUCAGGCAGUUUGCGGAAAGGCACCGUGGUACGAAGUGGAAGCGCCUGCAUAUUCUCUACAGUCCACGCGGGUGCGCUCGCAACAUGACAAGCGUCGCCGGGUCUGGAGCCCUGCAUUCAGCGACAAGGCAUUGCGAGGGUAUGAACUGAGAGUCCACAGAUACAACGAAUGCCUCAUGCUACAGAUUGACUCAUUCUCUGGACAACCGAUUGAUAUGUCCAAGUGGUUCAACUACUGGAGUUUCGAUGUCAUGGGUGAUCUGGCGUUUGGAAGGUCAUUCAACAUGCUGGAGUCCGCAGGAGAACAUUGGGCGAUCAAACUUUUGAACACCUCCCAAGAUGACCUUGGACUUGCUUUGCCACCUUGGAUCGGUCGCCUCUGCUGGCAAAUUGCUCCACUGAGAGCAGUGUAUGAUCGGUUUCACAAAUUCUGUGCCUCUGAGAUAGAACAACGCAUUCUCUUACAAGGAAAACAACCGAAUCCAGAUAUUACACAUUACCUCAUCGAGGACUUAAUUGCAAAAGAUGCCCAGGGACAAAAGGCAGCCCUGCCACUUCUCCAUCUCGACAGCAAGCUAAUUAUCGUUGCUGGAAGUGACACAACUGCCGCCACCUUGACAUUCUUAUUUUAUCAUCUUGCUAUCGAACCAGGUCUAAUCUCGCGCCUUAGGGAAGAGGUAGAGACAUCGGUUGGCGAUGCUAGCAAGAUCGAACAUCAGCACCUUCAGUCUGCAUCACUCCUUAACGCUUGCAUCAACGAAACCCUUAGACUCCAUCCUCCUGUCCCAAGUGGGCUCUAUCGAAAAACACCUCCUGAAGGAGUCUGCAUUGGUGAUGAAUGGAUUCCUGGAAACACGACAAUCCAAAUACAUCUGUAUUCUAUGGCUCGUGACGAGUCCAAUUUUGCAAUGGCGGAGCAAUUCAUUCCAGAAAGGUUUUACUCCCAGCCUAAGCUUGUCAAGAACAAAGACGCAUUUGCCCCGUUUUCGAUUGGUCCAUAUGGCUGUAUAGGCAAGAAUCUCGCCUACAUGGAGAUACGGUUGUUGACCGCUCACCUGAUCACAAAAUUUGAUGUGGCCCUGGCACCGGGCGAGAAUGGUACAGCUCUUCUGAACUCUGUUGAUCAUUUCACCGUUGGCUUGAAGCCGAUCAACAUGAUAUUCACACGAAGAAGUCGGGCACGCGAUGGAGAUAGAAAUAGUCGCAAAGUGCAAAUGUGA